AUGUUAGCAUUACAAUGCAACAAAAAAAAUGAAUUGAAAUCCGCGUUUAGUAAUAAUGAGUGGUCAGUACUUGAGAAAUGUUUCUAUAAGAAAGAGAAAGAAAUCGCAAAAAAAGUCUUCCCGUUACUUAAUAAAGUAGAAACCAUUCUAGGUAGAUAUCAAGAAGGAAUAAAAAAUGCAGAAGAUAGUGGACAAAUAGGUUUGGACGCGAUUAAUGUUAUUUACGAUUAUCCAAAUGGAUAUAAAUUUAGGAAGAAUUGGCUUGAAAAAUGGGUAGAUAAUAUCUAUCAGAAAUUAAAUGUUCUUAAUGAUAGAUUUGCGAGUGAGUACCAGUAUAGAGAUUGGAUUACAACAUAUCUGAAAGGUUGGGCUAAGCAAUCCUAUAGCAAGGAGGAUGGUAGUGCCAUAUUACAAUUUGUAAAAUUGAUAAAUCUAAAUUGUAGUCAACCACAACUUUAUUUGAGAAUAUUGCAUCCAAACGGUACAAUAACGCCGCUGAAUUUUGAUUUUUCAUUAUUCUCAUCACAAUCAACACCAAAUAUUCAAGAUUUUAAUUUUUGCCUUACACCCUAUGGUGGAACAUUU